GUCUUAAGACCUAUUGUAAUCUGACUCAACUGUUUUGUAAACAUUUUAAUCUAAAGAUAAACGAACUUAACAUAUUCAGUCUGAAGUUUUACUGCCACAUGAAGAUAUUCAAGAUUGAACUUUCAAGAUGGAUUCAAUUGGUGCAACAGCAUUAAAUAACCCUAUUCUGGAUAAUAGUUUGGUAUCAGAGGACUCUCCAGUUUUAUCCCAGAAGCCAAUAUUCUUUGCCAAUGACCCAUUGGAUCCAGUCACUACUGAAAUAGAAGAAUGGGACCCUUCUGAUAAUUUAGAUGAUGAAUUUAAAAUGAAAGUCAAACAAAGAAAAAUACAAGGAUUUAUUGGUACUGAAUAUACUGCUGAAGAAGCUAUGUCCAAACAAUUCGGUCCAGAACGGAUUGAAGCAAGAGCUUUUUUAGAAUAUUAUUGGGAGUUGAAAGCAAAAUGUUUAGAAGCGGUAGAGAAAAAAAGAAAUUCAGAUGUGCAUGAUUUUCAAAUGCAUCCCCUUUUUUCUCCUGAUUGGUUAGUUCCUUCUAGAAGGGACAUAAGAUGGCAUUUAAAAAAUGAAAUUAGAAAUGAAGAGAAUGUAGUUGUUAAAGAGGAGAGCUUGAAUGGACCAAACUCCCUAACUCUAAGGGAGCAUGGAGUCGGAGAGAAUUCAUCUUCCAUCAAGAGACCUCCAGCCACUAGAGACCUCGGUAGCCCACAACGUAAAUCUAAUGAGAGUAAAAAAGGCAUUCCAAUUAAAAUAAAAAGAGAGCAUGGAGUCGGAGAGAAUUCAUCUUCCAUCAAGAGGUUUCCAGCCACAGGUAGAGACCUCGGUAGCCCACAGCGCAAAUCUUCUGAGCUUAAAAAAGGCAUUCCAGUUAAAAUAAAAAGGGAGCAUGGAGUUGGGAAGAAUUCAUCUUCUAUCAAGACCUCGGCAACCCAUAACGUAAAUCAACUGAGUAAAAAAGCCAUGUGUUAAGGGCCGAAUUAUAUUUUAAUGUUUAUAUUUAAGAAAUAUUUCUCAAUAAAAAAUUGAAAAUAAUCAAAUAAAAAGGAUAUAUACAUAUAUAUAA